AUGACAAUAAAACUUCUUGAAAACGAUGCAAUUCAAAAACUUCGUUCCUCUUUUACUAUAACUUCGCUCACUCAUUGUCUUGAUGCCUCAGCCACAGCCAUAGAGAUCCAUGUGGAUGUUCCCAAUUAUUUCUUGCAGGUUCUUGAUAAUGGGUGUGGAAUCAGCCCCGAAGAUUUGCAGAAAAUCGGACAACGAUAUUUCACAUCAAGAUGUAGUACUUUGGAGGAUUUGCAACGAGCGAUUACCUAUGGAUUUCGUGGCGAAGCGUUGGCUAGUAUUUCAGAAGUUGCUCUUUUGGAAAUAAUUAGCAAACAUCCAAAUUAUUUUGAUGGUUACAGUGUCGUAUUAAAGGAUGGAAAAUCUAUUCGACAUCACUCUAUACGAAUGACAAAGGGAAAGCAACCGGGUACCAUAGUGAUCAUUCGUGAUCUCUUUUAUGUGCUUCCGGUUAGAAGAAAACGCCGAUCUGCAGAUUCCAUCGCGAAUGAACUUGAGAACUUGAAAAGAGGGAUUGAAAUUCAUGCGCUGAUUCAUUCAAAUGUGACAUUUACUCUCGUUGAUUCGUCCCAGAAUAUUAAGCUCCUUUUUGUGAAGAAAACAACUUCCAUUAUUUCUAGAUUCAGACAACUUUUUGGAGUACCACUCGCGCAGGAUCUUGAGUAUGUCUUUGCGGAGCAAGGUGAUUUGAAAAUUAAUGGAUUUGUGUCGAUGAGAGGGUAUCAUACAAAGCAAUAUCAAUAUGUCUAUGUAAAUGGUCGAUUCAUCUCAUACAAUGUGCUAUACAAGACAAUUGAAACGGUCUUCGUGAAAAGCAAUUUCUAUAGAGAUUCGGAAAUAGAAUCAUUGUAUGAUUCAAGAUCAGAGAAACAUUAUCACCAUCACUAUCACCAAAACUACCAUCCAAUUUUUCUAUUGCAUAUCACUUGUCCGAAAAAUUACUACGAAAUUUGUCUCGAUCCUCUAAAAAAUAUAAUCGAAUUCAAGGAUUGGUCUGAAAUCAUAGACCUUCUAAGUGCAUUAAUCGAAAAAUUCCUGAUUACCUUUGGCUUUUUGGAGAAAAAAUCACGAUCCCAUUCUCAUAAUCCUCAGUGCAAUAAAUCAGAAGAUGAUCCAAUCGUAGCACAUAAGAAAUCUUUUUUCACUGCUCAGUAUCAUCAUGAUCGUAGUCAUUCCGCGGACCAAAAGUUAUUGGCAUCAUUUAAAGAUAUGGUACAUGCAAAAAGCGGUAGUAGCAAUAGUAAUAUCAACAGUAUACCGAAAGAGAAAAAAAUCUUUGAGGACAAAGAAUUGAAAGGUGCGCAUAUUAUAGUCGGAGAUGUCAACUUCAGUGACCUAGCGACAAUAAAAGAUAAAGUAGCGGUGGUACCUUUGAAAAAAUCUAUCUCCGAAUCGUCACAACAAAACAACAUUGAUUCCGAAAAUAAGAACAAAAACAGCUUAAACUUUGAAAAAACAAACGAGCACAUUAAAUGGACAGAUCCUAUCACCAAACAUACUUUCUACAUCGAUAAUAGGACUGGAAACUCCUACGAAAAUUUACCUUCUAAUAACAACCAUAAUGAUCAUAAUAAUGCCAAGAAGGAUCCCUCUUCUUGUGCAAAAGUUGAUCGUCGUUUUUUGCGGACAUCAAUGAAUUUUCAAGAAGACAAGAUUGACGGUAAUGAAGAUGCAAUGGGCUCUUGUUCAAAUUGGGUUAAGGAAAAAUUCAAGAAAUGGUCCAAUCCUAUUUUCAAAAAUACUGAAGCUCCUCUCCCAUCGUUAUCUUCAUCAAAUCUGGAUAAUUAUAAUUUUCGCUCACUUGAUAACGAAUACUGGUUCACAAAACAAGAAAUUCAACGUGCUGAAGUUAUUGGACAAGUCGAUGGAAAGUUUAUCGCGUGCAAAAUCCCACAUCGAAAAGAUCACGAAGAAGGAAAAGAAGAAAAAAUCGGAGAAAGAGGAAAAAUAAUUAAUGACAGCGUGAAAAGUAAAAAUAAAAUCAAACAGAUUCUUGUUCUUGUGGAUCAACAUGCGGCAGAUGAACGUAUUCGUGUUGAGAUGCUUCUCAAAGAAUUAUGCACUUUUAAAAUCGAUGAUAAAAAAAUAAAGGAUGCCGAUUCAGACAAGUUUUCUUCAAUAAUUGAUACGGCUCAGUUGAAAUCACCCAUCAAAAUCGUUUUAUCUCAGCGAGAAGCACAGGCAGCUCAACGAUUUGCACGAUAUUUCAAUGAAUGGGGGAUAUUUUACGACGGUGACCUUGAGAAAUCAGAAGAUAUUCACUCACAUUCUACCUCUGUGACGCCAAAAGCAACAUCUAUUCACAACAAUAGUAACAAAACUGCCUACACUCUCAUAUACAUAACUCACUUGCCAGAAGCUAUUGUCGACCGAUGUAUUGCCGACACACGAAUUACACAGGAUCUUAUCAGACGACAUCUUUUUUGGCUCGAAGAGAAUUGUGAUGGGAUCGGAGUUUCGCUUGAGGAUAUCGUGACUGGAUUGCAACAAAAUGAUGACGUUGAAUGUGAUAAAAAAUGGUCAGUUAUAUUAAGAACAUGUCCGAAAGGGAUUUUGGAUAUUUUGAAUUCGAAAGCUUGUCGAGGCGCGAUCAUGUUCAAUGAUCUACUAGAACUUGAUCAAUGCAAAAGACUUGUACAGAAGCUUGUUACAUGCGUCUUUCCAUUUCAAUGUGCCCAUGGAAGACCUUCUAUGAUACCAAUAAUGGCAUUGGAAAAUUAUCAUCAUCGUAGUAAAAUCUCGUCAGCGUCACAAAUAACAAAAAUUGUUCAAAAGUUCAAUAAGUGA